CACUCACUCCACUCUUUCUCUCUCACUGAUCAUGGCGCCGGUUCAAUUCAACCGUCUUCUUCUUUUCAUAUCCUUUCUAUUCUCAAUCAUCAUCGGAGCUCCGGCGACGGCCGAUCAAACCACCAAAACCUACAUAAUUCGUAUCGACAGGUUUGCCAAACCCUCCAUCUUCCCUACCCAUUAUCACUGGUACACUUCCGAGUUCACCGAUUCACUCUCCAUUCUCCAUCUUUACGAUACUGUUUUCCAUGGAUUCUCUGCUUCCCUUACAAAAUCAAACCUUGACUCCAUUCUUCAACACCCAUCUGUUCUUGCUUCAUUUGAAGAUCGUCGGAGGAAUCUCCAUACAACUCGUUCCCCUCAGUUUCUCGGCCUCAGGAACCAGAAGGGACUAUGGUCGGAGUCUGAUUACGGAUCUGAUGUCAUUAUAGGAGUAUUCGAUACUGGGAUUUGGCCGGAAAGGAGAAGCUUUUCCGAUCUGAAUCUCGGCCCUGUUCCCAGUCGAUGGAAGGGUGUUUGCCAGACUGGGGUGAAGUUUACGGCAAUGAAUUGUAACAGGAAGAUUGUUGGAGCUCGGUUCUUUGUUAAAGGACAUCAGGCGUCGGGUCAAAUUGGAGGGCCCGGCGGGGCAAUCAAUGAAACGAUUGAGUUUCUAUCUCCGAGAGAUGCAGAUGGACAUGGCACCCAUACGGCAUCGACUGCCGCGGGGAGGUAUGCUUUUCAGGCUAGUAUGUCUGGAUAUGCAGCUGGGAUUGCGAAAGGAGUUGCUCCCAAGGCUCGAUUGGCUAUUUACAAGGUUUGUUGGAAUCAAGCUGGUUGUUUUGAUUCAGAUAUUCUAGCUGCUUUUGAUGCCGCCGUGAACGACGGCGUCGAUGUUAUCUCGAUAUCAAUCGGAGGUGGUGAUGGUAUUUCAUCUCCUUAUUAUCUUGACCCAAUUGCAAUCGGAUCUUACGGCGCUGUUUCAAGAGGGAUUUUUGUUUCAUCCUCCGCCGGGAAUGAUGGGCCAAGUGGAAUGUCUGUUACUAACCUUGCGCCGUGGAUAACGACUGUCGGAGCAGGAACAAUUGACCGGAAUUUCCCAGCUGAUGUGAUUCUUGGAAACGGCCGUAAACUCUCCGGCGCGUCGCUAUACGCCGGUGAGCUUUUGAAUGGUAAAAUGUAUCCAUUGGUUUAUCCUGGUAAAUCAGGAACUCUCUCUGCUUCUCUAUGUAUGGAGAAUUCUCUUGACCCGAAUUUUGUGAAAGGAAAGAUUGUAAUUUGUGAUCGUGGAAGCAGCCCACGUGUUGCGAAAGGAUUAGUUGUUAAAAAGGCCGGCGGGGUUGGAAUGAUUUUAGCCAACGGUGCUUCAACCGGCGAAGGUUUAGUCGGAGAUGCUCAUCUUCUUCCGGCGUGCGCAGUUGGCUCCGAUGAAGGUGAUGCAAUCAAGGCUUAUGUAGCAUCAGCUUCUUCAACAGCAACUGCAACAAUCAAUUUCAGAGGCACCAUUGUUGGAAUCAAACCAGCUCCAGUUGUUGCAUCAUUCUCCGCCAGAGGACCGAAUGGAUUGAACCCAGAAAUUCUAAAACCCGACUUGAUCGCACCUGGGGUGAACAUUUUAGCUGCUUGGACAGGAGCUGUAGGUCCGACAGGAUUGGAUUCUGAUUCCCGGAGAACUGAAUUUAACAUUCUGUCGGGCACAUCAAUGUCGUGCCCACAUGUUAGUGGCGCAGCCGCCCUGUUGAAAUCUGCACAUCCCGAUUGGAGCCCUGCUGCAAUUCGUUCGGCAAUGAUGACAACUGCUUUCGUUUUAGACAAUAGGUUCAAGAACAUGACUGAAGAAUCCACCGGAAAACAAUCAACCCCAUAUGAUUUCGGCGCAGGACAUUUGAAUUUAGGACAGGCAAUGGAUCCCGGGCUAGUAUACGAUCUAACAAACGACAAUUACGUAAACUUUCUAUGCUCUGUGGGUUACAAUCCAAAGACGAUUCAAGUAAUAACCCGAUGGCCGGUGAACUGUCCUGCCAGGAAACAAUCCCCGGAAAAUCUAAACUACCCAUCUAUAUCUGCGUUAUUUCCAAGCCAAAUCGGUGCAGCUUCGUGGAGCAAGACAUUCAUCAGGACGGCGACGAACGUGGGGGAGACAAAUGCAGUUUACAGGGUGAAAGUGGAGUCGCCGGCGGGGGUGACGGUGGUGGUGAAGCCAGGAAAGAUGGUGUUUACGGAGAAGAUGAAGAAACAGAGCUAUGUUGUGAAGGUGACAAUAGAGAACAGUAAAGGUGGUUUGGUUUUGGGUGAUUCGGGUGCUGUAUUUGGGUCAAUUUCUUGGUCGGAUGGAAAACAUGUUGUUCGGAGUCCGAUUGUUGUCACACAAAUGGAUACAUUCUGAUCUGAUCGUUGGAUGGAUCCGAUUCCGAUGAAUGGAUGGAUGGAUUCCGAUAUAGGAUCCCAAUCUACACUUGCAAUUAGGGUAGCAUAACUCGGCUACUCUUUGCUUGCUACUGUUAGUAAGCAUUAGGUUCUUUCAACUAUAGAACAAGGUUCUCUUUUGUUUGCUUUUUUUUUUUCUAAUUAAUAUGCUUUUUUUUACUUUUAUUUGAUUUUUUAGUUUAAAUAUUUGUCAAAUUAGACCGAGUGUAACGUUUUCUUACAUGAGAUUGCUAAAAAAAAUGAUGAAAUUUGCAAUUGAUAAUUGUGUUUUGA